UAUUAUGAAACCGAUUAAUAUGAGGAUUACUUCUUUGAUACUGGUGCUUGUUUUAUUUUACGUUAGUUCUGUGCAGUGUUCGGAAUGCGGUUUGUCGGAAUCAAAGAAAGAGGAAAUGAAAGAGAUACUAACUCAGUGUAUGAAGCUUAAUGAUUCUGCCAAGAGGACAAAAGACAUGAGUACAUCUGAGUCUAAAGAAACUGAAACGUCUAUGGAAUCCAAUGAGAUGCCACCACUUUUACGUGGUGAAACACUGUCUGGCAAAAAUGUAUCAAGCAAUCUCAGAACUACAAAAAUUCGAAUGAGGAGAGCUAAGUCAAACAACAAACUGAGUGAUGACUCACCUAUGGUUAAUCGACAGAGACAACAAUCAACAUCGUCUACAACCGAAGAAUCAAGAGGACAAUAUUCAGAUCAAUCUGAUGAAAAUGAAACUAGCAGCAGUUCUGAGGAUAUGUGCGUGGUGCAGUGUGUCUAUGAGAAACUAGACGUGACCAAUUCCAAAGGAUUUCCAGACAGCAAAAGACUAACCGAUGCCAUUAUUGAAUCAGUAAAACAAAAAGACAAAAAAGAUGUUAUUAAGACAUUAGUAGAGGGAUGUUUCAUAGACUUGAAUAAAGAUGAUUCUGAAGAUGCUUGCCAUUAUUCUACACAACUGGCAAGGUGUCUAUUUGAAAAAGGAAGAGAGAAUUGUAGUGAUUGGCCUAUGGAAAAUGUUACUUUUUAAAAAUGAUGCCCAAUAUUGAACAGUGGAUAAAAUAAAAUUAUUUAUGUACUUAUCGUUUUCGUUAAUGUAAUAUUACGCUUAGUUAUAUUUAAAAAGUUAUAAUAUAAUCAAAGAUGUUUUAAAUUUAAAAUACUUUAAAUUUUAGCUUUACGUAGAUUUGUAUAUACGUA